GCACAAUUUGCCGCGGCCGAACGACAUACGUUAGUGUCAUUCCGCGAAUUUUAUGGUCGACCAAUAAUUCAACUAGAACUUUCCAACUUUGCUCUUAACGUCCAUGUCGGUAUGGCUACCACGCUCUCAGCAAGCUGCUUUUGUACGGUGUUAUAGUCGUCAACUCGUCGAAGCACGAACCACUCGUUACUUCUCUCUGGGACCACGUACCCACCUUGUGUUGCCGCACUCCGCUACUUAUGCUCUUAUCUCGCACCGCGCCCAGAGCACAUCAAGUUCUUCAUCUACUCCUGCAAGCCGUGAUGCUACGAGCAAAAUUGUCACCCGUGAUUCUUCCAUUCAUGAAUCAAAGGCCGCACCCCCUGCACCCAGGGAUCCUGCCUCUGACGCACCGCUCAUGACUCGGGCGUGGAAGAAGGUGAAGCACGAAGCUGCGCAUUAUUGGCAUGGCUCGAAGCUGCUUGUUUCAGAAGUCAGGAUCUCCGCCAGACUGCAGUGGAAGAUUCUCCAUGGAGAGAGCUUGACCCGAAGAGAACGGCGACAGCUCAAGCGUACGACCCAGGACUUGCUUCGGCUCGUUCCCUUCGCUGUUUUCAUUAUUGUGCCGUUCAUGGAGCUCUUACUUCCUGUCGCUUUGAAGUUAUUCCCCAGUAUGCUUCCCUCUACUUUUGAAGACAAAUUUGCUGCUGAAGAGAAACAGCGAAAGCUCCUUCGAGUGAGACUCGAAAUGGCAAAGUUUCUUCAGGAAACGUUGCGAGAGUCAGGCUUGAAGGCAAAUGCCCACAUUGUAGGCUCAGACGCGUUCGAAGAGUUUUUCAGGAGGGUUCGUUCCACCGGAGAGUCGCCCUCUGCAACGGAUAUUAUCAAUGUCGCUAAACUCUUCGACGAUGACCUAACUCUUGAUAACCUGUCUCGGCCGCAACUCGUUUCAAUGUGUCGGUACAUGGGGAUCAAUGCAUUCGGCACGGACAAUUUCCUACGGGGUGCUAUUCGCUCCCGUCUUAUGAACCUUCGUCGAGAUGAUCAAGCCAUUUACUCUGAAGGUGUCGAGGAGUUGUCAACCUCGGAGUUGCAAGCUGCAUGUCAAUCUCGUGGUAUCCGUACCACUGGUGUUUCUCCUGCACGACUUCGGGACGAGUUGACUACGUGGAUUCAGCUGCAUCUUCAUAAUCGUGUUUCUGGUGUUCUGUUGAUUCUCGGACGAGCCUUUCAUUUCGACCGCAAGCCUGGUGAAGAUGAAGAUGGCAAAACAACUAUAAUUAAGAGCCUUGAAAGUGUCCUUAGCGGAUUGCCAGAUAACUUGCUAAAUGAGGCUGAACUAGAGGUCGACUCUGACAGCGCUAGCUACAAACAGAAGCUUGAAGUUCUACAACAACAAGAGGAGCUCAUCGAAGAUGAAGAGGAGCAAGAGCAAAAGGAAGAAGAUGCGCGCCGUGCCAAGCGUGAGGCUGACGAGUCAGAAGCACGCACUGCGCAGUCUCUUCUGCCUGACACUGAGCUUCAUCCGGAACGGUUCGAAGAGGAGAACGCUCGCAUGACCACCGAACAGCUGAAGGAGCUUGGCGAAGCCUUGUCAAUUUUAUCGGCACAGUCUAGUGUCCUGAAGGAACGUGAUGAGCUUCGUGCCCUGAUGGAAGAGAACCUUCAGGCGGAAGAGGAUCCCAAGUCACCGUCAGGGGCACUGACAAAACGUAUCCGGACAAUGCUCACAAAAGUCGACACUCAGUUGCAAGAAUACGAUUCACGUGUUGGUAACUCCUUGCAAAUGUUCUCUGCAGAUCCACAAGGACGCAUACCUGUGAAAGACCUGGAGAAGGCACUCGCUGUGAUCAAGCACAAGCCCGACGACGUAGUCGGACAAGCAGUGAUUCAGAAGCUGGACGUCGACAAAGACGGCUUUGUAGAGCUGGAGCACGUACUUGGUCUUGUAAAGGAAGAAGGGCUUGGUAUUGAGAUUGAUGAUGAAGCCCAAACUUUAAUUGGUCAGGGAAAAGAAAUCAAGGACUCGAGACCAAGAAAGGAGGACAUUGUCCAGGAAUGAGGCUUAUUCAGACAUUUAACACAUAGACUAGAGUAAAACCCAUUAUCCACUCGUAUCAUAAGAACUCAGUACUGAUGCUUCGGUCACCAAUUG